AUGGCGACAGGCGCAGUCGAUGGCAUUUGGUAUUGGAAAUCGAAUGCUAAUCCCUUUUCUCCGACGGAACCAGCAAAAUGGUCGCGAUUUUCCGAUAUUGAAAAUGAAAUAAUUGAGGAUGCCUUCCAACAUAAUGAAAAAGAAGUGUUGCUUGACAAUCAUUCUAUUGACUUCAAGUUGAAAUUACAAAUAAACAAAUCGGAUAAGACAAGACAGCGGCCGAUACUGCGUAAAUCGGACGAUCCUAAUCAACAAUUUGCACCACGCGAAACACGAUUUAAUAUUGUUGAUAUGCCGGUGAAAACAUUUACGGAAGCUGGUGGUUUCAGCAAGUUUUUGUGGGAAUGGGCAAAUAAGUAUAACGACUCAUGUUGUAUUCUGACAGAACAAAACGCACCUGGAAUUGUUGAACGAGCAGUUGAGGGAAUAAUUAAAGAAGGGGAAACGAUAAGUAAAACUACUGAGUCUAAAUGGAUUGCUAAACAACUGUCGAAAGUGAAGAACAGAACCUUAGCCGAUAUUGGGAAAUGUUGCAUUGUGUAUUAUACAAAGGAAAGUUUCCUGUAUCACGUCGUCAAUGAUGUUCUCAGACGAGAAAAUUUGUCAAAACUCGAAACACUCGGCCCAUAUUGUUUUCUGUUGAUCAAUGCCCUUUGGAACUGUCGUGACAGUCGUCGACAUACACAACGUGUUUAUCGUGGAUGUAAAUUAGAACGCGACCAGAUUGAACAGUAUAAAUCCGAUAUUGAUAAAGUACGUUGUUGGUCAGCAUUUUCGUCGACGACUAAACGAAGGGACAUAGCAACUAGUUUCGGUGCGGAGAGUAACACGUUAUUUAUUAUUGAUCUUGUCGAACGACCGUUUACAGAAUCAUUUGGCUUGGAUAUUUCGGCUAUGUCAAAAUAUCCACAUGAAGAAGAAGUUCUAUUGCCAGCCGGAAUUAAUUUUGUUGUUGAGAAAGUCGAACUUGAUAAGAAGACUAAUAAGUACACUAUAUAUCUUACUAUUUAA